ACAAAACACUAAUGUCGGCAGCACGUCGCCACCCGGGAAUCAUCGUCAAUGGAGUUCCAAGAACAAGAACGUACCAUUACUACUGGUGCCGUAGCUGCCAGCGCUCCAUCAGGACAAGAACCGCGAACCCUGCAGAGGUUCUGUGCCCGCGCUGUCUCGGCCAGAUCAGACACGAGCUCGAUGUCUCCAGGGCCGGGAAUGUCCUGGAAUCCCGCCUGGAACCUUCUCCCGGUGCACGUGUCCUCGACGCUUUGGCGCAGAUGCUGGAUCCUCCCAACAUCCCGAAUGACAAUAACCAAACUGGGAAUCGACAGGGCUUGGUACUGCUCCAGUUCAUCGGUCCUGAUCAGCCCUCCGAGCCGCCAAUGCCUGGAAUGUACCUGGAGAAUGGAAACAACAACCUCGAUCAAGGGAUGACAAAUUUUAUCCCGGAAUUGAAUCAAAGCGACAGGCCAGGACCGCCUCCAGCACCUGAUUCCACCAUAGAUGCUCUGCCGUUGGUGGAGCUGAAUUCCGAGCAUCUCAAGGCCGAUUCUUUCUGUCCUGUCUGCAAAGACGAAUUUCAGGCAGGGGAACAAGUCAGGGAGCUUCCCUGCAAGCAUUUCUACCACUCCGACUGUAUAAUACCCUGGCUGCGUAUGCACAAUACCUGUCCGGUCUGUAGGCAUGAAAUCCAAGGCCUGUCGAACAGCGACCACAUCUUCUGGGACGAGGGUUUCUUCUUUGGAGGAGAAGGAAAUGGCAACAGGGAGUUUGAAACCUGGAGAUGGACGGAUCUCUUCGCUGUCAGGCCAUUCAGUUUGGUCAUGAACUGGGCUCAGCUGUGCCUGGAUUUUAUUGAUGACAGAUUCAACGACUCCCGUGGAGGCAGGCCAUGGUGGAGAUCCUGGAGCAUUCCUUAGGCAAUUCCGGCAGGUAAUAUUAUUUCAAUGACUAACAAAAAUAAUAGAGGGGAACUUACAAGGUACCAGAUUUAUGCAUUUCUCAUCAACACAAUUCUUUUAUCAGAUACACCGACACCCGCGCACACACACACACAUGCCAGAAAUAUAUAAACAUGUAAAUAAUUUACUAUGACUAAGAUGACAGGGACAAAACCAGAAUAACAGGGAGCUGUCUGAAGACAUUCUCGCACAAUGAGGAGAAGAUAGCUGGAGGACACACAAUAACAAUUCAUUACAGCUGAACCUAUCUGUAUAUGUUUAACGUACAGUUGAUCAUAACUUAGUCGAUAAUGUCCACAAUACCAGCCCUCACAUUGCUUUCUCAAUUUCAAGCUCUGGCUUACAAAGCAGAAGGCAUAAUCAAGCACCAGUCUAAUGGGAUGCUUUCCUGUAACACAUGUAUAAAACUGAAUACUGCCAAAAAAAAAGAAAAAUUUCUAAACCUAAACGAGGCAGGAACAUUUUCUCUGAAAUGUA